ACUUUUGCCGCUAAAGUGCUGUCAAAUUUUCGUUACCAUCUCAAGUGUAUUUGAAACGAAAAUUUUUUGGCCUCAAUUCGUCGUUGUAAUUUUUUUUUUUUGUAUGAUGUGCCUAUGUUAUUAAUUAAUUUACGUUAAACGCUAUUAUGUCGGCUAGUGAUUAUGAAUUGGCAUUGCGAAUGCAAGAAGAACUCAAUCGGGAACUCACAAAUACCGAGGUUCGAGGACGUCGAGAAAUCUCAUCACCAGAGAUCGUGAAGUCGCCUGAACAAAAUUCACGUAAACGUCCAUACUCCGAGUUCGAUUUGGAUGGAACUCAACAAAUAGUCCAUCCAUUAUGGGAAACGUUGGAUCCGACACCCGACAUAUUUGGAAUGUUUAAAGGAUUCGACACCAAGUUUUUCCAGGGAAAACUGCACUGUGUCGAGUUGGAAUGGAGCAAACGGAUGUAUUCUUGUGCUGGGAUUUGUUAUCAGCGCAGGAACCAUUACGGAAUGGCUUGUACCAUUCGAUUGAGCGAACCAUUACUCAAAUUGAGAUCUCGGAAAAAUUUAGUUGAGACGUUGCUGCACGAAAUGAUUCACGCCUAUCUGUUCAUCCUUAAUGUUCGUGAAGGAAAUGGUGGACACGGUGCAAACUUCUGUCGAAUCAUGACCAAUAUCAAUAAGGCAGCUGGGACCAAUAUCACUGUCUAUCACACCUUCCACGACGAAGUAAAUUUCUACAAGACUCACAUUUGGCGUUGCAAUGGCAUUUGUCAGCAUCGGGGACCAUUUUUCGGCUAUGUUCGACGAACAGCAAAUAGAGCGCCCGGUGCGAACGAUCAAUGGUGGGCACAUCAUCAGGAACAAUGCGGCGGAACUUUUCUUAAAGUAUCCCAACCAGAUCCGGUUGCGAAGAAACCCAGAGGAAAGGCAGGCAUCGCGACGGUGACUGCUGGCAAAACUAACAGCAAAAUCGAUGAUCCACGAUGGGGCAUGGUCAAGAAAACGAUACCAAAAGCAAGUACGGCAUCCAAAGUGUCGACUAUAACCGUGCCGAAAACAAUAACAAAGAAAUCCAAAGACAGUGUUCCAGCGACCAAUCCAUUAACUGCUGACCUAUCGGCUGGUCGCAGUUUGUCGAAUGUAGUGGGAUUCAGAGAUCUGAAUGGCGAUAAUUCAGCUGCUUCGUCGUCAACAGCCAGAAUACUUUCAUCGACGAAUGGGCGCACACUGGGCACAUCUAGUUCAACUAAUCAAUCCAAAACUUCAACAGGAUCUACGUCUGAUCGUCGGGCGAAUGUUCGAGACAUUUGGAGUAAAAAAUUCCCAACUUCAUCCAGUCCAAAACAAACACCAAAGUCAGAUCGAUUGGCUGAUGAGCAACCCACAUGUUUGCACUCACCACCAAAAUCCAAUUGGGUUAUGAUCGACGACGACAUCGAAAUCGAAAAUGUUGUCCAUGAAACGGUCACUAUUUUGGAUGAUUCCAUUUCAAUUGAUAACGACACUUCAUCCGAGAAUCUGGUGCGACAAUCAUCCACCGAAGGAACCAUCAGACGCGAAAUAAUGGAUUCGUUCGACGACGAUUUAACCGACAGCGAUAUCGAAUUGAUUGAUCACGAUUACGAUGACAAUGAAGGAGCACCAACCGGUGGACUGUGUGACAAAACAAUCACCGAUAAUUUGUUCAGUUGGAACAAAUCCACCGAAGAUCUGAACAAAAUUCACAUGACCGAUGAGGAAAAUGCCGGCAAUCGGGACCGGGAACUCGUAAGCUGUCCUGUUUGCAAUAUUAAAUGUGAACGCGAUCUAAUGUCGGAUCAUCUCGACGGAUGUUUCGGAAUGGUGCGGAAAAUCGAUCCACGCAGAGCUGUGAAACCACCGUUUCGUGGUAAAAAAUCGCCGAAAUCUACAAAUGCACGCACGAGCACGGUUACUUCAUCUACAUUUAUUCCUACUGCGGCUGCCGAAGAUGAGGAGGAAUUCAAUCGAAGAAUUUUGAGAGAAAUGGAAGCCGAAGCUAGAGAAUCUCGUUCAAAUGGCGGGGCCGUGGGAAGAGAUGAGUGGACAGAGUGUCCUGUCUGUACAAAUUCCGUCAAAGCAGCUGAAAUUAACGAUCACUUGGACAUGUGUUUGGCUUAGUUUGAUAUUUGUUGUCAGCGCAUACAUUCCGAAAGAAUUUUUUUUUUGCUCAAAUAAAAAUGAUGUAGAGACGAUGCCAAAGCUGGCUGACUUCUCACGAAC